GACCAAAUCAACUCAAGUCAUCGAGUCCACAGCUCGCGCGCGCAGCCAAUCGCUCUCCCUCCGGCCUCCACAGCCCAAAACCACCUCGGCCCCACUUCUUCUCUCCGUCGCCCCCUGUUUGUCCAACCCAUGGCGACCCACGCCAGCGACAAUGGCAGCGGGCACGCGGAGUGGCGGUUCGCUCGGGCGGCGAAGGAGGGUGCGCUGGCCGUGGCCGGGGACAAGAUGAGCAUCCGGGCGGCGCGGUUCAAGAUCAGCGCGAGCGUGGACGGGCGCGACCCGCGGCCCGUGCUGCCGCUUGCGCACGGGGACCCCUCGGUGUUCCCGGCCUUCCGCACCGCCGCCGAGGCCGAGGACGCCGUGGCCGCCGCGCUCCGGACGGGCAAGUUCAACUGCUACCCCGCCGGCGUGGGCCUCCCCGAAGCCCGCCGUGCUCUGGCGGAGCACCUGUCAAGUGAUCUUCCAUACAAGCUGUCAACUGAUGACAUCUUCCUCACCGCUGGAGGCACUCAAGCCAUUGAGGUUGUCGUCUCAGUCCUUGCCCAACCGGGCGCCAACAUAUUGCUCCCAAGACCAGGCUAUCCAAAUUAUGAGGCGCGUGCAGGACUGCACAACUUACAAGUUCGCCAUUUCGAUCUGAUUCCUGAGAGAGGGUGGGAAAUCGAUAUCGACUCUCUGGAGUCGAUUGCUGACAAGAACACCACCGCAAUGGUCAUCAUAAACCCCAACAAUCCUUGCGGCAGUGUCUACACCCGUGAACAUUUAGCCAAGGUCGCGGAGGUAGCAAGGAAGCUUGGAAUACUAGUCAUCGCUGAUGAAGUGUAUGGAAACCUGGUGUUUGGGGACACCCCUUACGUCCCAAUGGGUGUCUUUGGCCACAUUGCCCCUGUCUUGAGCAUAGGAUCACUAUCGAAGAGGUGGAUAGUGCCUGGGUGGCGACUUGGUUGGGUAGCUGUAUGUGAUCCCAACAAGAUUCUGCAAGAAACCAAGAUCAUUGCAUCAAUAACAAACUUCCUUAACGUUUCAACUGAUCCGGCAACUUUUGUUCAGGGAGCACUUCCCCAUAUUCUUGGGAACACAAAGGAAGAUUUUUUCAGGAGGAUCAUUGGUCUGCUAGCAGAAACCUCAGAGAUAUGUUACAGAGAAAUAAAGGACAUCAAGUGCAUCACCUGCCCUCACAAGCCAGAAGGUUCCAUGUUUGUCAUGGUGAAAUUAAAUUUGUAUCUUUUGGAGGGGAUUCAUGACGAUAUUGAUUUUUGCUGCAAGCUGGCAAAAGAAGAGUCUGUGAUUUUGUGUCCAGGGAGUGUUUUGGGAAUGGAAAACUGGAUCCGCAUCACUUUCGCCAUUGAUUCAUCUUCUCUUCUUGAUGGUCUUGAGAGGAUCAAAUCUUUCUGCCAAAGGCAUAAGAAGAAGAAUUUGCUUAAUGGCCAUUAACUGUAUCUACGUUCAAAGUUACCUAGUUCCAUUGUAUUAUCAACAAAUGUGGAACUUUGAAAUCCCUCUGAAUUAAUAAAGUUUUCCUUGAAUACGC